AUGGACUAUGAAACAAGGUACACUCCCUUGGAGAAAACCUGCUGGGGGCUAGUAUGGGCCACAAAGAAACUAAGGCAUUACCUGUUAGCACAUCUGGUAGUCCCGGUUUCUCAUUUAGACCCAGUCAAAUAUCUUUUCGAGAAGACAACACUUAUUGGUAAGCUGGCUAGAUGGUUGUUGCUAGCAGAGUUUGACCUCAAAUACAUGACAAGGAAAUUAGUGAAAGGAAGGGCUAUAGCAGAAUUCUUGACAGAUCAUCUUGUGACAGAGGCCGAAGCAGAAGACUUCAUGUUUCUCGACGAAGACAUCUUAUGUCUCCUAAACGACACCUGGCAGCUUUACUUUGAUGGAGCAUUGAACCAAUGUGGAUAUGGCAUAGGGUUAUUGCAAGUUUCCCCAAACAACUCUCAUAUCCCUCUGUCAUAUAAACUGAGGUUUGAAGUCACCAACAACCAAGCUGAGUACGAAGCCUGCAUAGCUGGAAUGGGGGCAGCCCUAGAACUAGGGGCAAAAAGGUUAGAAGUCAUUGGAGAUUCAAACCUAGUGGUACCCCAAGCAAAAGGAGACUGGAAGGUCAAAGAAGACAUGCUGAAACUAUACCACUCUGUGCUAGAAGCUCUAAUUCCACAAUUCGACUCUAUUAUCUUCACACACACUCCACGAGUGAGUAAUAGGUUUGUAGAUGCACUGGUGACAUUGGCCUCCAUGGUCAAGAUACCCUUGGGAUUCACAAUGCGGCCUCUCAUGAUCGAGCAGAAGGUCAAACCAGCAUGCGAAUGCACCUUCACUGAAGAAGGUGAGGACAAUGGAAAACCAUGGUAUGAAGAUGUGAGGAAAUUCUUGGAAGAGGGAGAGUAUCCCUCCAAAUGCACCUUGAAGGACAAGAUGGCCCUAUGGAAAUUUGUCGUCCGAUUUGUAGCCUAUGGAGGAGCACUGUAUCGAAGAGUUCAUCUGGGCCCCAAUCAACUUUUGUAUCAUAACAGAAGAAAGUCACAAGAUAAUGGAGGAAAUACAUGA